CAAUUUAAUUCUACAACGUAAACUUAUAACACUUAUUCUCAUCAUAAUGUCUACUACAAAAGAAGUUAGCGAGUUGAGUGAAAAAAUGUUGUUAAAAAUUGGCGAACUUGCCGAUCAAGAAGUAAGUCCAAUUUUAAAAUAUACAAAAAUCACACCUCACGCAUAUACACCCGAAAAGGGUAGUAGACUGGCUGCUGGAUAUGAUUUAAAAAGUAAUCAUGACACAAUAAUACCAGCUAAAGGAAAAACUCUAAUAUCAACUGGACUUAAAUUUGAGCUACCGAAAAACUGCUAUGGCAGGAUUGCUCCAAGGUCUGGUUUAGCUGUAAACCACUUUAUUGAUGUAGGCGCUGGCGUUAUCGAUGAGGACUAUCGAGGUGAAAUUAAGAUCCUACUGUUCAAUCACUCGGAUGAGGAUUUUCACGUUAGAACUGGCGACAUGAUAGCUCAAAUAAUAUGUGAAAGGAUCUUCUAUCCAGAACUUCAAGAAGUCAACAACAUGUCCAGCACAGAACGUGGAGAAAAAGGAUUCGGCUCCACAGAAAAAAAUAUGUAAAACAAAUAAAGUGAUUUGUUUUAAUUUUUAAGAAAUGAUUUUUAUAAAAAUAAAUAAAAUUGUUGUUAUUAUUAUUUUAUUUAAAAUUAUAGAUAUAACUUAAAAAUAUAUUUUUUAAAUAUCUAAAUUCUUUUACUUAAAUUAAAUAAAAAUAUAUUUAUUUCUACAACAA